AUGUUUAUUGGUGAUGGUGCUAAACUUGUACGUGAUGCAUUUAAUUUGGCUAAAGAAAAGGCACCUGCUAUUAUUUUUAUUGAUGAAUUGGAUGCUAUAGGGACAAAAAGAUUUGAUAGUGAGAAAAGUGGUGAUCGUGAAGUGCAAAGAACUAUGUUGGAAUUGUUAAAUCAACUUGAUGGUUUUAGCAGUGAUGAAAGAAUUAAGGUAAUCGCUGCUACAAAUCGUAUUGAUAUUUUGGAUCCAGCACUUUUACGAUCUGGUCGUCUUGAUCGUAAAAUCGAAUUCCCCUUACCAAAUGAAGAAGCUCGUGCUCGAAUUCUUCAAAUUCAUUCACGUAAAAUGACUGUUGGUAGUGAUGUAAAUUAUGAUGAAUUAUCACGUUGUUGUGAUGAAUUUAAUGGUGCUCAGUGUAAGGCUGUGUGUGUUGAGGCUGGUAUGUUGGCUUUAAGAAGAGGUGCUACUGAAUUGAGUCAUGAAGAUUUCAUGGAUGGUAAUUGA